AAAACUAUGGAUAAAUGAGAUGAGGCAGGUGAGUCAAACAGUGGGGAUCGUGACCUUGUUCCUACUGAUGUUACCCCAUGCCCUUCGAUCCGAGAAUAAUUCCCUCGAUGGUCAGCAGCUCAAGAGAAAUGUCGAGAAAUCAAUGCAUCAUAUGGCCAAAAAUCUGGAGCAGGGUCUACCCAUUAAUCAAGCUGAGACAAAACGCAUCUCCAAGGCAUUUAAUAAUUUAACCAUCAAAGGUCAAAGCAAACUUGACAAAAUGGUGUUUAACAUUAAAUCAAACGAUGACGCCCACAUUCGACUUUCUAAUGACAAAAAUAAAACAACUACUGACCAAAAGUUUUAUGGAGAAGUAUUUACUUGCUAAAGAAGUGGAAAUGCGACGCAAUAGCAGAAAUAGAUUUCUGCCCAAUGGAAUGCCAAAUCCAUAUAAUUAUUUUCCACUCAAAGGCGAAGAUAUCUAGAUACAAUGUGAAACUACCGAUUUUUCAUUUACCUCCAAUGCCAGACCACUCACAGAUAAUAACAAAAAGGAAAGUUAUCUUUAAGAAGCCGAAGUGUGUAUACCUUCAAAGUUACUUAUAGGAUCAUUGGUUCGAAUGUAAAAUCGAUCAUUGUAUAGUAUGCCUUUAAUAAAACCGAAAAUAUUUAUAUA